AUGACAUUCUAUCCACAACUCUCCUCCUCCACCCUCUCUGCCUUCCCCUGCCAUCGUUGUCAUCACUGCCGCUGUUGCGGUUGGAACGGGCGGCACACAAUCAUUUGUGCUCUCACAGCGCACGCACUAGCCAGUGACGAGGCCAAGUGCAGGCAGUGCGGUAUGGAUGGGUACCUCACCAAGCCAAUAAACAUACGGCUGUUAGUGGAGACCAUUCACAAGCUCACCCGCAAGAAAAGCAUUCUUGCACGCCCACCCUCCUCGGGGGGAGGAGGAGGAGGCGCACAGUAG